AUGAGGUUUGUCCAAUAUAUUCCGACUGGAAUUCCAAACGAAGAUGGUGAGUUCCCGGGAAGGAACUAUACAGUUGGAAAAGUCAUACAACAACUGUAUGAUAUUAGGAAAGCUUCAAACCCCAAACUUGCAAUGACACUCAAAUUGCUUAUGAAUUUGACAUGGGGAUAUUCCAUUAAGAAACCUCAAGAGAUGAAGAGUAAACAUUAUGAGAAGGUCGACAACUUUGUUGAAAGGUUUUCUCCUUUUGUUUUGAAGUACGAAUUCACUCAAGGUCAAAAUGGCUUAGUAACCACAUUAAAACCUAUUGUCGAACAUUGGUCUUACCCUCAGUUCGCAAAAGCAGUCCUUGACAACUACAACAAAUUCUUCUCCGAAGUCAAAUCGAAAGUCAAGGUUUACUAUGAGAACAUUGACGCACUCAUGACGAACGAAGAAGGGUACAACAAACUCAUUGAAAUGGGCAUGGUCGGUGAGAAGAUGGGUCAAUUCAAAUUGGACAAAAUUUUCACCGAAGUUCAUGUCCUCUCCAAGCGUAAGUAUUGGGGCAUACUUGAAGACGGCACAGAAAUAAAACAUUGCAUGAAAUAA